AUGACACCAGAUAGCAUGCCUUUGGAUCAGUCUUUGAACCAGACACCGAUGAGCAAGGACGUGAGCAAGCCUUCAAGGCUAAUUCAUAUAGCUGUUCGAAACGGCUCUCCCAGCAUCCUCCGCAAACUGGUCGAUGCUGGCGCCGAUAUCAACUCGCCCGACGAAAAAGGUAGCACACCUUUACAUCUGGCUGUCCGUUUCCAGAGAGCGGCAAUGGUUGACGUGCUCGCCGAGCAAGGCGUCAAUCUCAAUGCACUGAACGCGGCUGGUAUGACGGCACUGAAAAUGGCCGUGAGGUCAGGAUAUGAAGAUAUCGUUGACAUGUUCUUGUCUUUUGGCGCACGCGUAACUUAG